GCUCUUACAACGCCAGUAGGAGUAUAACAGCAAGUCUUUCCGGUUUGUUGGUUAGUUGGUCAAAUUUUGCCGUGCGGCCUCCAGUUUGUUAGUUUAGUUCUGAUCGUCGGUAAAAUAGGCCGCAUUUUUAUUUGAUGGAAUUUUGUAUUUCAAUAUCAAGAAAAUGAAUAAAAAUACCCUUGUCGAAAUUCCUAUCGAAGAUUGGCCAAAACUUCGUGAUCUCUACGCAGUGAGAAAGUUAGAAUCAAAUUCUUAUAGUUUGAUUCAAAAUUACAUUAAUUGGCUUAACAAAGAUCCAAGUUUAAAAGAAUCAGUGAAAAUAUAUUCCCUAAAUGGUGAUUGGAGUGAUGGAACUUUUAUUCUUGAUGACCCCAAUCCAUGUUAUAUCAAACCAAAUACUCUUGCCGAUUCUCAAGACCGUCUUCUUACAGCUCUACAAUGUUUCCACAAAAAAGAAAAUCUCAUAUUCUUAGGUUGCCCUGUUCGAAUUCAAAAAACUAUUAAAACUUAUUUAACAAGUUUGGGAAUUAAAGAAGAAUCAUACAAUUUCGUCCCAACAAAUUGGAAUCAUAUUGAAAUGGAAAAAGCUUUGGAAUUUAAUUUAGACCCACCUCAAGGAAUAACUUUAUCAGGCGUACGGAUAGAAGACGUUGAUCUCAUAAAUUAUCAUUGGCCACAUAAUUUUCCAGGAUCAGAAAAAUUUGUUGAUCGCUUAGUAAGGCUAAGUCAAAAUAUUGGAGCUUAUGAUGAAAAUGGCAAUUUGGUGGCAUGGUGUUUGGUUCUGCCAUUAGGAGGCUUAGGACUCUUACAAGUUCUUGAUAGUCACAAGCGAAAAGGUUUAGGAAGUCUUGUUGUAAAGGCUAUGGCUAAAAUGAAUGCAGAAAAAGGCCUCGAAACUAUGGCACCUGUUUUGGACGGAAAUAUUGCAUCGCAAACGAUGUUUGAGAGAUUAGGCUUUCGAAAAAUUCAGGAGAUUUUUUGGUUUUUUAGACCCUCAAUAGAAUAAACUUAAAGUAAUGACACUAAAUGUUUUGGGUUUUUUAUGUAA